AACCAGCAAAGCAGCAAACAACGAAAGCAAGCAAGGCGAAGUCAGUCACAUAUUCGGAUCACAAUUCGAAUUAUUUUUUGCGCAAUAUACAAGAAAAAGCUUUCAGUUAAUUUUCUUCUUAGCUAUUUUUAUUCAAUCAUUCUUUGAAAAUCAUCUGCCUGGUGAGGUAGUACUAAGAAUAUUGGUGCAAUUCACGUAACUUUUUGCAAAUAAUUAUAUGCAAAAAGCCGAAAUUGCGAUACAUUUCUUUGUAUUCACGUGUAAGUUCGGUUGUAUGUGCGUGUGAAAAACGAAGGAACAUAAAGCAAUUGGCGCAAAGGAAGAUAAGCAAAUAAUUGGCAAAUUUGCAAGCGUGUAAUUUUUUAGCGAAAAGAGCGAAAAACCACUGGAAUAAGUGUCUUUGGGGAACGGAAAACAAUUUUUAGAAUCCAAAAUGCAGCAAAUGACCCAGAUUAUUACAAAUUUACUUUCUUCGGAUAACGAUGUAAUCAAAAAGGCCACCGCUGAUUUACAGGAGGCUUACAAGCAUCCGGAGACUGUACCAGCUCUUUGUGAAAUUGCCGUCUCGGCACCAGAGCCACAGGUGCGUCAAUAUUCUGCUGUACUACUUAAGAAGCACUUAGCAAAAUUGCGUCAAUGGAACAAAGUACCGGUUGAGCAACAGCAGAUAAUUAAGCAGGGUAUGCUUAAUGCCCUCAUGCAGGAGCAGCAAAAGUCUGUGCGUAAAGCCAUUGCUCAAUUUGUUGGUGUUUUAGUGCGUCACGAAGCCAAAAAGUCCGACUCAUGGAUGAGCGAAGUGUUAAAGUUCAUCUACAGCUAUUGCUCUUCGGCCGAUCCUAAGCAGAGCGAACUAGGCUCGUCUACAUUUGCUAUUUUGGCUGACGCGGCGCCGGAUCAAUUUUUGCAACAUAUGGAAUCGGUUUGUGAAAUGUUUACUGCUGCUUUGGUGGCCACCGAAGCAACUGGCAACAUGGCUACGCCUGUUAUUUUCAACAUUCUAACUGGUAUGACUUAUUUGGUGCCGUUUACAUUGGGUCACAACACAGCCGAACAAACGUUGCAGAAAUCCAUACCGUUGAUAGUUAAAUCCCUCCAAGCAUUUGCUGUGCAGCCUGAGGUCGAUCAAUUUGUUCAUGCUUUCGAUAUUCUCGAGAGUAUGGCCGAUUUGAAUGCUAAAUUGCUGAACAAUCACAUCAAAAUGUUGUUGGAGUUCUGCUUGGAGGCAGCUAGUAAUGCCCAACUUGAUAGCGCUGUGCGCAUUAAAGCCGUGGCUUACGUUGGUUGGUUGGUGCGCCUUAAGAAGAAAUUGAUUAUCAAACAGAAGUUGAUCGAGCCCAUAAUUCGCGUAGUUUUCAAUUUGAUGGCAACUGAACCAGAAGACGAAGAUGAUGAUGAAGAAUACUUUUUGGGUGAGGACAAUUCGAACCCGAUGACCACAGCUACUCAAACAAUGGAUUUACUUGCACUGAGCGUGCCACCAGAGAAAUUGAUUCCGCCAUUGUUGCAACUUUUGGAGCCCGCUUUGCAGGGUCAGGACCCACUGCCACGCCGCGCUGCCUACUUAAGCAUGGCCGUUAUAGCCGAAGGAUGCUCGGAGGCUAUAUGCAACAAAUAUCUCGAAACCAUGCUAAAUAUUGUUAAAGUUGGCAUCACCGACCCAAUACCACUUGUACGCAAUGCCGCCUUCUUUGCGCUGGGACAAUUCUCCGAACAUUUGCAACCAGACAUCACAAAAUUCGCACCUCAAAUUCUACCAAUACUCUUUGAAUUUUUGCACCAGCUCUGCAACGAAUUGCGAGCAUCCUGGCCGAACGAUGUAGUCACCGAGCCAUGGCCGCCUAAAACUGAUACAAUACUUUAUAUGAAUCAGCUGCAAAUCAAGCGAAAAUCGGUUUUAACUAAUUAUAGCGGCGGCACUGAACCCAAACACAUUGAUCGUAUGUUCUAUGCCCUAGAAACGUUUUGCGAGAAUUUGGAAGACGAAUUGGUGCCACACUUGCCGGUGCUUAUGGAAAUUUUAUUCGAAGCUUUGAAUCCUAACAACUCGGUUCGUGUGCGUGAAUUGGCUUUAAGUGCCAUUUCAGCUGCCGCAAAUGCCACAAAUGAGAAUAUGUUACCCUAUUUCCCACGCUUGAUCACCAUACUGCAAUCAUAUUUGGCUCCAACAGAAAACGAGGAUAUUAUCAGUCUGCGUCCACAAGCCAUCGACACUCUAGCUGCCUUGGCACGCACGAUCGGCAAGCAGAACUUCAUGCCGUUGGCCACUGAUACCAUGACGUUCGCUUUGAAUUUACUCGAGAAGGCUGAGGAUCCUGAUGUACGUCGUGCUCUUUACAAUUUAAUUGCCUCAUUGGCUGAGGUGGUUAAUGAGGAGAUGGCCUCCGUUUUCCCGAAGGUAAUUGAACGCAUGUUUGAAUCUAUACUCUCGACGGAGGAGGUCGUUCCGGAAUUUAAAGACGAUGAUGGUGUACCAGCGCCAGCCGAGGAGGCUGAUGAGAACGAAGAUGAUAUCGAUAUUGAAAACUCUGAUGGGGAGGAUGAUGAUUUGGAUAACAUCGCGGGAUACAGUGUUGAAAACUCAUAUUUAGAUGAAAAAGAGGAGGCCAUUUUGGCAUUGAAGGAAUUUGCCGAACAUACCGGCGCCGCUUUCAUACCUUACUUGGAGAAAUCUUAUCAAAAUGUUUACAAAAUGAUCGACCAUCCACAGGAGGACAUACGUAAAGUGUCAAUUGACGCGUUGAGCUCGUUCAUUGUGGCUCUGUACAAACAGCAAGAUUUGCAAGGCGUUUCCAAUGCUAUUACGAUCUUGAUACCUAAGUUGGGUCAAAUUGUGCAUGAUGAUGAAGAAGUUUCUGUUGUGCUGUCUGCGCUUGAAGGUUUGGGUGAUCUUUUGAAAGAGCUGAAACAAAUCUCUUUGCCAACGGUUGAACUUCGUGAUGUUGUCUUCUCUUGUAUAACCGACGUGCUACAGGGCAAGGUCGCUUGUCAAUUUGACGAGUCUACUGGCGAUGAUGAUGAGGAUGCUGAGGAGAGUGAAUACGAUGAGGCCAUCGUAGAGGGUGCUGGCAAUAUGCUGCCAUUGUUAGGCGCAGCCAUGGGACCGGAUCAGUUUAGACCAUACUUUGAGCGCACUUAUCCAAUUGUUUUGCAAAAAUUGCAAAAGGCGAAGAAAAAUGAGGACCUUGAAUCACAGCGCGCUUUCGCCUAUGGCGCUUUAGCUGAAUGUUUUGCACCACUGGGAAAUCACACCGGCGCAUUUUUCAACACAUUCUGUCCAAUUAUGAUCGCUGGUCUCUCUGACGAAUUCGAUCAAGCUCGCCAAAACGCCGUAUACGGCCUGGGUGAAUUGGUGCUAUACUCUGGAGAUAAAUCAUAUGAAGCUUAUCCACACGUUCUAAAUGCCCUCUCCCAGGCUGUUUCCAAGGAAACCAAACCCAGUGCUUUGGACAAUAUUUGUGGUGCUAUUGCACACCUGAUCAUUAGCAACAGUUCUUUGGUGCCGCUACCACAGGUGUUGCCAGUAUUUAUGCAAGAUGUGCCACUACGCGAAGAUUUCGAUGAAAACGCUUCAAUCUUCAAGUGCUUGAAGCAGCUAUAUUUGCAAGCACGAGAUGCGAUCGCCUCUUCAUUAGAGCAGGUUAUAGCCAUUGCCAUACACGUGCUAUACAAAAAGGAAUACACAGAGAGGGAGACAUACGACACCGCGUUGGGUCUACUGCAAGAAAUUCGUGAAAAUUAUCCAGACAAAUUCACUGCUGUGGCCAAUUCGAACCCAGAAAUUGUUGCUUUCCUGCAAACGCUGUAAAUGGCAAUUGGAAGAAACAUGUCAAUAUGAAUAGCAAGUGGACACAAAUUUCAUGUAUUUCAGCUAAUUUUGUAAUUAUUUGAAUUUAUAUUGUACGGUAAAUGAGUAUUUACUCCAUUGCAAUUAACAUAGUAAGAGUAGUUCUCAAAAAGGCAUACGGACACCCCUCGCAAAUCAAACGAAAAUAAUGCUAAAUUUGAAAUCUCUCACUCACUACUAAUUUGUUCAUGCUAGUUUCCUUAUUGGGGUGUUUCAAAGGAUAAAAAAGACUAAGACUGUGCGCAUUUUCAAAACAAUGAAAUAAUGCUACUUGCUGCACAAUCGCAGCUAAAGCUAAUUUUUAA